AUGCCUCAGGGGAUUUUAACAACUCUUUCUCAAAGCGAUGGAGGAUAUAAGUAUGAUUAUGCGACUGUCCCAUUUCUUGCCGAAGUUUUCAAGCUGAUCAUUUCUGGUUUAUUUCUGUGGAGAGAGAUGCGAACAUCUCCCUCAGCAACUGCAAGGAUUACUAAGGAUUGGAAGAGCGUGCGCUUAUUUGUUAUUCCUUCUCUUAUAUACCUGAUCCAUAACAAUGUGCAAUUCGCUACAUUGACUUAUGUGGACACAUCCACUUAUCAGAUUAUGGGUAAUCUCAAGAUUGUCACCACUGGCAUUCUCUUUAGGUUAUUCCUGAAGAGGAAACUAUCAAACCUUCAGUGGAUGGCAAUUGGUCUUUUAGCUGUUGGAACAACUACCAGCCAGGUGAAGGGAUGCGGAGAAGCUUCAUGUGAUUCGCUAUUCACAGCACCAAUACAAGGGUAUCUGUUGGGCAUCCUCUCAGCUGGCUUGUCCGCACUAGCCGGAAUCUACACAGAGUUUCUGAUGAAGAGAAACAACGACAGCUUAUACUGGCAAAACUUGCAGUUGUAUACGUUUGGUUCACUUUUCAACGUUGCUCGACUUAUAGCAGAUGAUUUCAGACUCGGGUUUGAAAAGGGUUAUUGGUGGCAACGUAUCUUUGAUGGGUAUAGCCUCACUACUUGGAUGGUGGUUCUGAAUCUAGGAUCCACCGGCUUACUCGUCUCGUGGCUAAUGAAGUAUGCAGACAAUAUCGUCAAGGUUUAUUCGACAUCAAUGGCGAUGCUGCUUACUAUGGUUGCAUCCAUAUACCUCUUCAGUUUCAAACCGACAGUGCAGCUUUUCUUGGGUAUUAUCAUAUGCAUCAUGUCCCUCCAUAUGUACUUUGCGCCUCCACACACGCUCGUGGACUUGCCCGUGACUAACGAAGCGAAUCCCAAGACCUUAAAGCAAGUUCUCGUGGAAGAUAAGACAGAUUCUUGA